AUGAAGUUCCUACUUUUUGCCCUUUUUGUUGGACUAGUUUCCACUCAAUUCACUUGCCCAAAUGAGUUCAGUUACAAUUCGGAUCUCAACACUUGCUUGAGCAGCUGGAACUUCUUUUCUUCUUGGUCGUCGGCUAACUUCUAUUGCCAAUAUUAUGGAGGAAAUCUCGUUUCGAUUCACAAUUCUCGACAAAACAUGGUUACCGCUAUGAUCGAAAAUAACCGAACCAAGGACAAUCGAGGCUGGUUGGGACUUACGAAACGCAACGGAAGCUGGGUGUGGACAGAUGGAACUCCAUUCGAUUACCAAAACUUCCAAGGAAAUCAAACAAGAGACUGCGCCUAUUUGGAUUCUCAGGAUUAUUUGUGGAAGACAGCCGAUUGCAGCAUUGAUCUCCCAUUCAUGUGCUCCGCUCCACCAACGAUCUCCAAUGGAACAACUCUAGCAUCGAACAUCACCACCACAACAACCCCAAGCCCACCAGUUACCUGUCUUCCACCCGAUCAACAAGACUUGUACAAUUGCAAACAAGGCUGGCAAUAUUUCGCGCCAACUAUGAAGCAAUACAUGGUCGUCAAUCAACUCGAUUUAAACACAACACCUGAAGCGUUUUGUAUGAGCCAAGGAGGACAUCUUGCAUCAGUUCACAGCCAAGCCGAGAGCGAUUUCAUCACAAAUUUAUGCUGCCCAUCGUACUGCGGAUUUUACAGCGAGGAAUUGCAAGCUUUGGCUGCGUAUCUUGUUGGAGGAAUUCAAGUGAACAUGCAACCCGCCUGGACUGACGGAACGCCUUUCGAUUUCCAGGCAAACACUUGCUUCGAUGCGCAGGAUGCGAGCGAGGUGUUGCACAUCUCGGCCUUCACCGGGUGCAACGAAUGUGGAACUCCUGGUACAUGGAUCUGGGAAACCGAUGUUGUACCUUAUGUUGUUUGCAAGAAA